AAAAGGAAGUAAACGCUGCGUGGCGGGGCGGUCGAAGCGGUUUGGCGCCAUUGGGGACAAGUGGCUGCGUUCGUUCACACAGUACAACGAGGAAGACGUCCUAGCUCCGGAGCAUAUCUUAGCUAGUCUUCUAACGUAAUAAUAAUAUAACUCAUCCUUCGCAGACAUGAUCACGCUGACGGAAGGAGCGAUAGAGGCCUUGUCAAGUGGAAACUGUGGGAAUGAUGCUGUGCUUCAGUUGGUUAGCAUCCGUAAGAUUGAGGGUGGAAGUGGUCCAGCUCGCUUUCGUGUAAUGAUGAGCGAUGGACGACACACCAUGUCCUCCUUCAUGCUUUGCACCCAACUCAACUGCAUGGCCGAAGACAACCAACUGGCCCCCAACUGCAUCGUUCUUCUCAAGAGACACGUGACCAAUAUUCUCAAGGAUGGACGGCGUGUGGUAAUCAUUUUGGAGAUUGAGGUCCUCACACCCGCGGCAGACAUCAAUGGGCGAAUUGGCAACCCAACACCUUACAGCGAUGGACAGAUUAAGCCUCCCCAGCAGGCUGCCCCACCCGCUACCCCCCCAAGCCGCCCUCCGUUGCAGGCUCAAAUAGGAAAUGACCCGCCCUCCUCCACCUCCUUCCUCCCUCCAGUGAACAGAGUGGUCGGCAAAGAUUUCGGGAAGAAGCCUGCUGUGCUCGGGAUGCCGGGGGGGCCCUCCAAAGUCGUGCCCAUUGCCAGCCUGAACCCGUACCUAUCAAAAUGGACCAUCCGUGCUCGCAUCACCAACAAGAGUAGCAUUCGCACCUGGAGCAACUCACGCGGCGAUGGCAAACUUUUCUCCAUGGAGAUUGUGGAUGAGAGCGGAGAGAUCAGGGUCACUGGCUUCAACCAAGAGGUGGACAAGUAUUUCGGGCUCAUCGAGGUUGGCAAGGUCUACUACAUCUCUAAGGGCUCCCUGAAAGUGGCCAACAAGCAGUACACAUCGGUGAAGAAUGACUACGAGAUCACACUGAGUGGCGAGACCUCCAUCAUUCCGUGCGAGGACAACUGCGACCUCCCCGUAGUGCAAUGCAACUUCAUUUCGAUUGGCGACCUGGAGAAGACGGCGAACGAUUCCAUUGUUGACGUGAUUGGCGUGUGCAAGAGUGUGGACGAGGUAACCCGCUUCACCUCUAAGAGCAACCGGGAAUUCUCUAAGCGGACGCUCAACCUGAUGGACACUUCCGGCAAGAUGGUGACGGUCACUUUGUGGGGAGAUGAAGCGGAGCAUUUCGACGGCACCUCUCAGCCCGUCGUGGCCAUUAAGGGCGCCAAGGUGUCCGACUUCGGCGGCCGCUCACUUUCGGCGUCCUUCAGCAGCACCCUGAUGAUCAACCCGGACAUCCCUGAGGCGUACAAGCUGCGAGGCUGGUAUGACAAGGAAGGGCACGGCAUGGAUGGACAGUCUCUGACGGAGUUGAAAGGUGGCAGCGGCGGGAGAAACACCAACUGGAAGACGCUGUCUGAUGUUAAGACGGAGCACCUGGGACACGGAGAGAAGGCCGAUUACUACACCUGUAUUGGCACCAUCGUGUACCUGCGCAAGGAGAACUGCCUCUACCAGGCGUGCCCAAUCCAAGACUGCAACAAGAAGGUGGUGGACCAGCAGAACGGGAUGUUCCGCUGCGAGAAGUGCGACAAAGAGUUCCCCAACUUUAAGUACCGCCUCAUUCUUUCUGCCAACAUUUCAGAUUACGGUGACAACCAGUGGGUGACCUGCUUUCAGGAGAGCGCCGAGGCUAUUUUGGGCCAAAACGCAGCUUACUUGGGACAGCUCAAGGACUCGGAUGAAGCUGCCUUUGACGAGAUCUUCCAACAAGCCAACUUUAACACGUUUGUGUUCCGCAAUAGAGUGAAGCUUGAAACAUAUAACGACGAGUCCAGGAUCAAAGCAACGGUGGUGGAUGUAAAGCCCGUGGACCACAAGGAUUACAGCAAGAGGUUGAUCAUGAACAUCAGGAAAAUGGCUACCCAGUAGGAAGCCGCAAGAAACAACUAGAAAAUGUGUAACUUUUUGCGCCUAAAGUUGUGUGCAGCUCCGAUGAUCCCCCCCGCCUUAUUGUUCUUUCUUUCUUGUGAAUAAUCCUCUUGGCCCGAGAGAAUGUUGGGCCUGUCUUGAUUGAACAGUUCUUGUUUUGUAAGCGCAGUCAUGCCAGCACAAGCAAGACAAUGAGGAACAUUAGUCUUAAGUCCGCCGGUUGGCGCUUCUCUCACCGCAGUCAUGGCUGGAGACACCCCCACACCCAUUUUCCACAAGCUGCAAGAGGCUGUACUCACCCUGAUAGGUCUUAGUCUCAGUUAUAUUUUUCUGACUUCCAAGCACAGAUCUUGAUUGAAAAGGUGUUAUGUUUCUGUCAGCCUUUUCACUUCUACUUUUGACUUCUUUUUUGUGUAUUUGUGGAAUCAAGUCACCAUUUUUGUUGUUGUUUGUUAUAUUUUGCAUGUUAUUGUCAAAUGAGUAGAUGCACAAACAAAAAUAAAACCAUUGUUUUGUUAA